AUAUAGUGCAAGUAGAGAAAGAAGGGAGCCAAAACCGGAUCGAGCACGCGAUCCGCAAGCUUGUGAGAACUUCCCUCUCUUCCUAUAACCAUCAAUUCCUUACCACUCUCAACUCCACACGACUCAUUUUCCAUUCUCUCUCUCUCUCUCACUCUCUCUAUAAAUUAAACACUUCAUCUUUGACAUUUCUGCAAAUGGGCUCCGUUUUCCAAUUCCAGUAGUUGAAUUUGGCAGGUCAAGGCAUAUUGCUCUUUAUUAGGUUGUGAACUUUCCUUUGAUGAUUAUUGAGUCCAGAUGAGAACCUUUUCUUUAUCAAGAGUUCCCAGAUGUGGACUUUAUAACUUAGCUCAAUUUUGGGGUGACAACUUCCACAGUUCGAUUAGGACUUGUGGAUACAGUUCUAGUUCUAAGCUGCAUAGUUUCAAAAUUUAUGCGCUUGAUGGAGGAAACAGUAGGAAAUGGACUAGAAGGCCUCUAACAACAAAUACAGAAGGAAGAAGCAAAACUGCCCAACACAGCAAUCCCAGCAAGAUUAGGCAGGAAUUGUUGGAUGUAACAGUUUCAACAAGUGCUACAUUAAAUAUAAGUAAAAUUGAUGCAAGUCAAUAUGAAAAGAUUCAACACCAGGACAUUCGAGAAUUGAUAGCUGAGAAUGAAGAUUUAGCCAAUCUAGUGACAGUUAUCGUAUUUGAUAUUGAGACUACUGGGUUUAGUAGAACAGAUGAUCGAAUCAUAGAGAUUGCACUUCAAGAUCUUCAAGGAGGUCAAAACAGUACUUUCCAGACACUGAUAAACCCUGAACGUGAUGUUCCAUGGAAUACAACCAAAAUUCAUGGAAUUUCAACAGAUAUGGUCAACAAACCUGGUGUUCCAAGGAUGAAGGAACUUAUACCAAUCUUACUCAGCUAUAUCAAAAGCCGUCAAAAGCCGGGUGGUUAUGUAAUGUUGGUUGCUCACAAUGGUCGUAGUUUUGAUGUGCCCUUUCUCCGUAGUGAAUUCUGUCGUUGCGGCGUAGAGUUUCCUUCAAACUGGCUGUUUGCAGACAGCCUUAUUAUGGCACGGAAAGCAAUGAAGUCUACAGGAUCAGAAGCUUCUUCAAAAUCAUUAAAAUUGCAAGACCUUCGUGCUCACCUUGGGAUCCCAUUGGUUGGUUCAGCUCACAGAGCCAUGUCAGAUGUGGUGGUGUUGUCAAAAGUGUUUCCCGUAUUAACUUAUCUUCUGAAACAGACACUAGCCAACGUCGUCGUUGAACAAUCCUUCUUACUCUCGGACCUCGACAAUCCAAAGAAGAAGAAGAGUUCUGGGUAGAUACGCCCCUGCUUGGUACUAACAUAUUUUCUUUGCAACCUAUUAUCAAACGAUCUAGUGGCAGAAUAAUAUGGGAUGCCUCUUGAAGAGUUUGAGAUUAGAAUUCAAGAUUCUUUGAGGAUGUCAAUGACUCCAGUUAGGAUAGGGUUGAAAAAGAAAAAUGUUUUACCAUUGUAAUUGUAAUACAUUCUUAUAGAUACAGUCAUUUAUUCAAUCAUCA